AUGCAAACACACAGAAGCGGCGAAGAUAGCGUCUCCUCAGAGCUAGAAGGCAGUACCAGUAGUCAUGCCAGUACGAUUUUCACACCCAGCGUACGGCUAUUUCUCUCGUUUCUGUUAUUCGGGACUUUGAUCGCUAUGCAAUUCAGUGUCGUCGUUACCGCAGCAAACGACCUAGUACGAGACCACGCGCCCAUAGGAUCAAUCCUCUUCGCAUACACACUGCCCUCCGUACUCGUUCGCACCCUCAUCCCAUUUAUUCACUUUCCCGAGCUCCACAGCAGUCCUAACAAGCUUCUCUCCCGCCUUUUCCGUAGGGAAAACAAAGGAGAGGAUGAUGCGGACAAGUUUUAUUCCUCCUCCACUGCUAGCACUAACAGCAUGGCUGUAGAGCAUGGGGGAAGCUUAUAUUCGUCUGCGGACUCGCUAACGGCGCACGUCAACUAUCCGCUACGCCUGACGAUCUGUAUUCUGAGCAGUUUCUUUGGGCUGCAGUUGCUGGCUUGGGCGGACUAUACUGACUAUCGGAUGAACAGGUCGUUCCUACAGCUCUGUUCCCAUUAUCCAAAUACCGCCUUCGGCGGCUACACCACGGGCAGCGGAUGCGCAGCAUUAGUAGGUGCGUUCAUGUACACCUUUAGCACCUCCACCCUGCACUUCACUCCCAGCGGAACCAUCUCCGUGAUCGGAAUAUUCCCAGCCGUCAUCCUUCUCACCUACGCCCUCCUGCUCCCCGACCCCAGCUGCACAUCCGCAAAGCGGGCACUCCCCACCAGCCGCCGGCGCAGCAGCAUAGCAGAAGAAAGCAUCUCCUCCCUCCCCACGCUCUCCAAGCUGCGAAUUGCCCGCCCGCUCUUCUGGCGGUACAUGGCGCCCCUCGCGCUCGUCAUGCUCCUCGAAAACACCGUCGUCCAGGGCGUCCUCCCGACACUUCUCUUUCCGCUACCGUUCGCUGACAGUAACGGCCAUGGAUUCCUCAAUAAGGUGUUCCGCCAUACCAGAGACUUCUACCCAGUCUAUGUCACCGUCUACCAAUUCUCCAUCUUCAUCGGGCGCUCCAGCAUCUCCUUCUUCCGCCCGCCCGGUACGGCAAUUCUAUGUCUCCUCCAGGCGAUAAUCCUCACCCUCCAAGUCGCCGAGAGCCUCUCCAUGAGCUCAAACCUCCUCGACACGCUCUAUGGGCCCCCAGCGGUCCUCUGCGCCGUCGCAGCAAUGGGGUUGUGUGGCGGCUUCGCAUUCAGCGAAACCUACUGGCGGGUGCGUAACGGGGCGCUGCCGAAGGGCGUGUGGAAGGAGCUGGGGCGCGCACGGGGCGGGUAUCAAUUACUCGGCGGGAGCGGGGAGGAGGAUGAGGAGGGGGAGAGGGCGAUGCGGGAGUUUCUGUUGAGUGCAGUGGCGCCGCCGGAUACGGUUGCGGUGUUGGUGGCGAGUGUGGUGGGGAUGAGGGUGCAGGGGGGGUUGUGUGCUGUGCAGGUUGCGGGCGGGAGGGUGUUGUGUAGGCAUAUGGGGGAGUAG